AUGUCUUUCAACUGCAGCACAGGAAACUUCUCCUCCCGUUCCCUUGGAGGUUACUUGGGGGUCCCAGUUUCCACCUGUGAGUCCUUCUACCCCAGCAGUGUUAUCUACUCCCCCAGCACUUUCCAGCUGGGCUCCACUCUCUACGGUGGCUGUCAGGAGAACUUCUUUAGGCCCAUCAGCUUCCAGACACCCUGUGCUGUGACCAGAUCUUUCCAGACAUCCUGCUCCCGUCCACAGAAUUUCAUCUUCCGCCGUCCCUGCCAGACAACUUACACUGGAUCUCUAGGGUUUGGAAAUAUUGGCAUUGGGUCUUUUGGUUGUGGAAAUACUGGCUUCCAGUCUCUGGGCUGUGGAUCCAACUUCUGCGCCCCAACUUACAUUUCCUCCAGGAGUUGCCGGUCAUCUUGUUACUAA